AUGGCCUUCAAAGAGCGGAUAGACGACAAAGACAAAUCAAUUCACAACCUUCAAGAAAGAAUACAGUCAUUUCUGUAUGAUCGUGACGGAGAGCCAUGGAAAAAACAAACACAAAGGGUAUCUCAAGAUAACAACUCUUCCUUCAACAAUGAUCAACAAGAAGAAAACUUGGCAUCUAAUCUUGAUCUAACAGCUGAACCCCAAAACAGCUCUGACAGAAUGUAUCACACAACUGAUGAGAACCAGAACUCAAUCCAACAACAUUUAGAUUUAAACAAAAGUAAUUCACAAAAUAACAAGAAGGAUGGGGACAUACCCUAUACAACAACAAAAUCUGCAGUCAAUGGUGCAUAUUUGAAUAAUGCAAAACUCGAUACUAUUUUUUAUCACGAUUCUAUUGGCCACAAGGUAGACAUUAAAAGAUUGUUAGCAAGCUCUGGACAAUCAGGUCUCAAACAAACAACAUACAGAAUAGAAAACGUUAUUGAAGCAUUGGAGGAUAUUUCUUCCGCAAGAUCAAUUAUUAUACAUGUCGGAAUUAAUGACAUCAAAGUGAGAGAUGAUUCGGCUGAAGAUAUAUUCCCUAGAUAUGAAGAAAUGGUAAACAAAGCUUUAGGUAAAGCAAAUAGUGUUGUGCUUUCUUUAGUUAUCCCAACUAAAUACACCUCGUUAAACAGAAAGAGUGGAGCAUUGAAUGCAAUGAUAAAGUUUAAAUUUGCAACAACACCUAAACUACUGAUAUGUGAAAAUAAUAAUUUCACAGCUGACAAUGGAGAUAUUAUGGAAAAUUUGUACACUGACUCCAUUCGUUUGUCUAUAUAUCAAGGCACUGGGGUUCUUGCUGGAAAUAUAAGAAAAACCAUGUUUCCACAAAGGCAAUCAGAGACCAAGAGAGUGAGUCAGUCUGAUCACAGUACAAACUAUAGAGGACGUACCAAGGACAAUUACAACCACAGAUUCAGCAAUACAGGCUACAAUAAAAGUCACCAAUACAAGGGUGAUAACACUAGGAGACCAUUGUAUAACAAUAAUUGGUAUACUCAAGAUGAUAAGACAGAACUUAACCAUUACAGAAAUGAUAGUACAAGAAAAUCAUUUGAUUACAACAAUUCAUAUAAUACUGAUGGAGAAGUGAACUACUACAGAAAUUAUGACAACAGUACAUCUCAAUACAACCAAUCAUACAGACAUGAAAUGGAUAGAGACCUUAGCCAAAGUCAGAUUUCUGACUUAGCGACCAGUAUUGCAUCUGCAUUUGCAAAUGUAUUUAAAUGUCAUUAA